UCUAGUGUAAUGUGACUACAUGUACACAGCCUUAUCAUCGAUUUGACUAGAACCAUCUAUCAUACACAGUCCACUUGGUGAAGAAUGCUGGCCGUAAUAUACAUAUUAUCAACCUGUAUUAUAGGGGCGUAUUGUGAUUGUCCAUACGGAUUCACUGCCCAUGGUGACUCCUGCUACUUAAUUGUGGGACUGAAUUCAACGUGGAUAGAAGCUAAGAAAUACUGCGAUGUGAUGGGAGGCGACUUGGCUGUAGUUGAGUCAUCAGAGGAAGAAAUAUACCUGGUGAACCUGUUGAAGCAGAUCGACGCCACAGGAAGAAUUUUCCCCGAAAACUAUUGGUUAGACGGAACUGACGUUGUAAAGGAAGGGGAAUUCCGAUGGAUGGGAAAAAACGGAAACUCCAUUCCCAUUUCCGGUUACACGAAUUGGGCCCCUGGACAGCCGGACAAUGCUGCAGUACAUGAAAACUGUCUAGAGAUUCGAUAUUCUUUCAACAUCCUCUGGAACGAUCUGGAUUGUAAUACAAGACAGAAUUUCAUUUGUGAGGCCAGCAAUGAGUGGAACGGCGACACAAUUAUUGGAUAAACAGUCGUACUAGGGUUUGUUUUGAUAAAAAUACAAAUAAACAGUACUCUCGUUA